UUACAGGCAUCCGGAGAAACAUGGAGGACACCGCUGGCAGUAAUCCCCAAUCUCUCGGAUUUACAGAGAAAUUAAAGUCCUGGCUCUCCUGGUCAUGGACCUACGUGUGCUUCAUCUGGUUCGGCAUGGUCCUCAUCAUGAUCUACGUGCUGUGGAGCCCGCUGAAACUGCAGGAGUCUCUUACCUCGGCCUCAGUGUUUCUGAAUACACUGACCCCCAAGUUCUAUGUGGCUCUCACUGGAACCUCUUCUCUCAUCUCUGGACUCAUCCUUAUAUUUGAGUGGUGGUAUUUUCGUAAAUAUGGGACUUCGUUCAUUGAACAAGUGUCAGUGAGCCACCUGCGUCCUCUUCUGGGCGGAGUGGAGAGCAGCUCCACGACUGGUCUGUUUGCGUCGGUUAAUGGAGAGGCAGAGCCUAGGCCCAGUGUUUCAGAGUGUAAGGUCUGGAGGAACCCUUUGAAUCUGUUCAGAGGAGCAGAAUACAACAGAUACACCUGGGUAACAGGGAAGGAACCCUUAACAUACUAUGAUAUGAACCUGUCUGCUCAAGACCAUCAGACCUUCUUCACAGGAGACACUCCACAGUUAAGACCAGAAGAUGCUGUGAUGCAGAAAGCCUGGAGGGAGAGAAAUCCUCAAGCCAGGAUCAGAGCAGCUUACCAGGCCAUAGAAAUGAACCACGAAUGUGCUGCAGCCUAUGUGCUUUUAGCAGAAGAAGAAGCCACAACCAUCACAGAAGCUGAGCGUCUCUUCAAAAAAGCACUAAGUAUUGCUGGAAAAGAUAUCAACUUACUGGUGUAUAUUAAACGCAGACUGGCAAUGUGUGCACGCAAACUGGGCCGGAUUAAAGAAGCGGUGAAAAUGAUGAGAGAUUUAAUGAAGGAGUUCCCACUUUUGGGAAUGUUAAAUAUACAUGAAAACCUCUUGGAGGCACUUCUAGAGCUUCAGGCAUAUGCUGAUGUCCAAGCAGUCCUCGCCAAAUAUGAUGACAUCAGCUUGCCAAAAUCAGCCACUAUAUGCUACACAUCUGCACUGUUGAAAGCACGGGCUGUAUCAGAUAAGUUUGUUUGUCUCAGGUUCUCUCCAGAGGCCGCGUCACGGCGAGGUCUAAGCACAGCAGAGAUGAACGCUGUGGAGGCCAUACACAGAGCUGUUGAGUUCAAUCCACACGUGCCAAAGUACUUAUUAGAGAUGAAGAGCCUGAUCCUCCCUCCAGAGCACAUCUUGAAGAGGGGUGACAGCGAGGCAGUGGCAUAUGCUUUCUUCCACCUGCAGCACUGGAAGAGGGCAGAGGGAGCCUUAAACCUACUACACUGCACCUGGGAGGGCACCUUCCGGAUAAUUCCCUACCCUCUGGAGAAGGGUCAUCUGUUUUACCCUUACCCAGGAUGCACAGAAACAGCAGAUAGAGAACUGCUGCCCUCGUUCCACGAGGUGUCUGUGUACCCAAAGAAAGAGCUUCCCUUCUUCAUCCUCUUCACAGCAGGCCUUUGCUCCUUCACUGCCAUGCUGGCCAUGCUCACACAUCAGUUCCCUGAGCUCAUGGGUGUCUUUGCCAAAGCAUUCUUCAGCACACUCUUUGCACCCCUGGGUUUCUUCGCAGACAAGAUGGAAAGCUUCAUGCCGUCCAGUUUUUGGCACCAGCUGACUCGAAUCUGACCCCAUCUCACACACACAUAACGCACACACACACACACACACACACACACACACACACACACACACACACACACACACACACACACACACACACACACACACACACACACACACACACACACACACCAAUACCACUCCAAACCCUCAGACAAAAAGUGUUUGCUCUCCUGUCUUCAGCAUUACUGUCCACUUGCUGCAUUGUUACUGAUUAUGUUGGCUGAGGUUGUAUCAACACGGCAAAACCACUCUUGAGAUGCCCUCCCACACUGUUCCAGCCGCCUCAGUUUUUCCAAGAGCACAGUUAGUGAAUACAAUCUGCAACGAUUCCACACUUUCGAUUGUGGUCAUGUUAGCCCCUAUGCAAAUUAUCCCACAAAGCCUGGAUGUAGAUUUUUGGUGCAAAAAUGUAAUUCGGAGUUCGUUAGAAGCACUCCUCUGUUCCAUCACAAUAAUUAAAAAAAAAAGGCUAAAACGGCAUGUUUUAAAUACGAACUACUGUCAAAUCAGAUGAGUUGGUUUUAACCAGUGUGUUACUGACAACAGGAAACAGAAACAACAGUAUUUACAUUAAGGAUGUCUCUUGUAGAAUAUGUUUACCAAUAUGACCCUAGUCCUCUCUUCUCCCUGCUUUAUAAUUAUCUAUAUGACAAAAGAUCCCAUUGGAUAUUUGGGAUGGGAACCAGUGUGUCCUACGUCAUCCCUCAGUGCACCACAGACAUCCAGCGGCUCAGAUUUGAACGUUUGUAAGGCCUCCAAAAAACAGAGCCGUGAUUUACAGCCUCGAAGUGCCUGCAGUGUAUACAACGCCUCUGCAGUUCAACAGUUGUUACCGUGGCAUGACACCUCAGCACUAUAUCACUGGGGCAACCGUCGCCCCAGCAACAUCGAAAUGUAAAUGGGAUCAUCACUGGUCACAGUUCCGCACACUCAUUCCUGCUGAUUGUGAUACAGAAUGUUAUGAGUCGGUGUGUUAGUCAACUUCUCAAAUGCCAAACAAAAAUGAGAGAAGCACACGUUUCAACUGAAGCAACGUAACGUUUGCUGUAAUACUUGAGAUUACAGUAGUCUUAAAUACAUCGACGAGCCCCUCAGAGAAACAUGUGGCGAUGGGUGGCAAAAUGAACAGACACGCACAGACAAAUUCUACAAAGUAAGUUAUUAUUUUACCUUUGUAUGAAGAAAAUAACUUGCUCUGCCUUUGACUGCGUCUGUUCAUUUUGCCAGAAAUUCUACAUGAGUUGAUUCUUCUGUAUCUGGUUUAGUUCUGACUUUAUUAAAAGAUUAACUCCUCUCUGUUUUAUCAAACUUAAGAUACCAGCAUCACCUUGUUGUAAAGUUAAAUGUAAUAACCUGUCAGAAACAUAUGUGCCUGGUUCAAAAUCGUGAAAAAAAAAAAAAAAA